UUCGCCAGCGUACGUACCGAAUCAUGGCUGUCCGUUCGAAGAAUACCGCGAGUGUCGUGCUCGCGUCGUGCCGUACGGUGCUUGUCAUGCUCGCAGUCGUUCUUGUUUUCGCCGACGCCGAUCAGAGCCAGUCGGGGCUGAAGGUCGAGAAGGUCUACGUGCCGGAGGUAUGCGACAACAAGUCGAAAAUCCGUGACCAGCUGACGAUGCAUUACACCGGGACGCUGCAGGAUGGUACAAAGUUCGAUUCAAGCUUGGACAGAGACGAGCCUUUCGCAUUCCAGCUGGGAGUCGGCCAAGUUAUUAAAGGCUGGGACCAGGGAUUGGUGGAUAUGUGCGUGGGCGAAAAGAGGAAGCUGACCAUACCGCCGGAACUCGGUUAUGGAGAGAAGGGAGCCGGAAACGUAAUUCCUGGAGGUGCUACUUUGUUGUUCGACGUUGAGCUGAUCAACAUCAGCGACUCACCGCCAACCGCGAACGUGUUCAAAGAAAUCGACAGCGACCAGGACAACCAGUUGUCUCGCGAGGAGGUGAGAGCAAUGGUGAGCCAGUACCUGAGAAAGCAGGUGGUCGAGGCGGAGCAGGGCAGCGAGGAGGUGAAAAAGCUGCUGGCCGACAACGACAAGUUCGUGGAGGAGAUAUUCCAGCACGAGGACAAGGACAAGAACGGCUUCAUAUCCCACGACGAGUUCAGUGGGCCGAAGCACGACGAGCUUUGAAGUCUUCGUGCCGCGUCGCCGCGUCUCCGAGCAUCGCGUCGCCGACGGCGUCGUGGCUCGCGCCACCACGUGUUCACUUCCGCGGGGAAUCGCCUCCUCGAGUCCUGUCUGGUCCGCGGGCACCAUUGAGAACACGCUCGAUUGGCCCCCACGACCGAUCGAUCGUUUCGUCUGCUGCGCCGUGCACGCGGAUCCCUCCGAAUCUCGAGGAACAAGCUGGGGAAGCCGAGGAACGCGGACGAGAGAACCGGGAACGCCGGAACCACCCUCUUCUUCGCCCGGGGAAUUUCUCUCGCGAAAGGAGGACACUGGGCCAAUACCGAUCACGAACGAAUUCCGGAAAAGUGUCCAGGAGUUUCGAUCCAACGGAUGCUGGGAACGGGGGAACGCGCGCUCUUUCCAGGGAUUCCUCCGCGAAUGGGAAAUUUCAUCGAUCGCGAGACCGAACUAAGAGCCGGGAGCUUGAGAGUCGAAGAUAUCGUCGAGUUUCGUGUGCCCAGGGCACCGCUGAGCCCUGAAAAGCACCGCUGAAAAGCUUCUUGCUCGAUAGAGAACGCGUUGCUCGAUUCUUUCGAUAUAUUCGUUAUCGUCUGGGGAAGGAGCGGAAAUUAGAGCUCAGAUUAUCGUUUUUCCGUCGUGAUAGAGUCGUUGGGAAAGCAUCGGCCAACAGGGAGACAAUCGAAGAGUGAUCGAUCGCGCAUGCAUGCUUCCAUGUAGCCUUUUUAUCGCCUCGUAGAGAUUGUUGCGUGACUGAAAGUGGAUUGUGUGGGUUUAAGAGCUUGUACUCGACGGUAGAGGUUUGGUAGAGAUGAUAAAAAAGAUUAUUAUAGUGUGCAUGGAAUAUGCCUUUUACCGUCUUGAUCGAAACUACGAUGUUCAGUCGAACGAGGGAUGGUAAAAAGCACUAUAGUUAAUCGUUGGCUGGGUAGAGAAGUUUUCACAGGUUCAUGCUACACGGGAGUUUGCGUCCUCAACAUUUAUCAUUUUGGACGAUUCGUCGAAACACAAAAGAAUAUCAUUUUUCUUACGUACGAUUUUCGAGAAACAAUUUUCUACAUUUAUACCCAUAUUUCUGACAAGGAAUAUUCGCAAACGGUCCGGCUUCGAUUUUGAUGAAACUUUGGUGGUUUCACCCCUUAAACUCGAGUCACCGCAGCUAAAAAAAAAUACGUAUCUAUUAUUUUUGGCUGCUUUAUAAGUAUACAAAGUUUCAUCAGAAUCGAAGCUGGACCGUUCGCGAAAAUUCUAUUCUAUUUCUAUUACGCGAAAGGAAAAGUUUGGCGUACUUUUUUUUGGUAAUCGUGUGCAGCAGUACAAAUAUAACACCAGUGUUCUAUCCAAACCACAAGGAAUAAUUUUUGUUUCCUGUUUGCGUUAUCAUGCGAACUCGUGAUAUCACUAUUCUAUUAGCACUUUGCAAAUUAUAGAAUAUUUUAUUUUUAUUCUACAGGUGUAUCUGUAUUGUAACAACUUGUAUUCGAAAAAAUGGCGCAGACAGUUGAUUGUGCUUGUAUUUCGAUUAUAUUAUUAACGUAUAAAUUAACAUUUAUAUUUGAAUUUAGUGCAACGUCUGAAACUCUCAUAAAUCCUUUCCAUACCCGAGAUCCAUAUCGUUCCUGUAGUCUUCUUGGGAAUGGUAAAUAUUUCAACAUCUUUUAAUGGCGCUGGACAAUGUUGAAAUAUGGUUAUAAAUGUAUAAAAUUAUUUUGCAAAGUUACAUCGAAAACACGAAUAAAUGUGAAAACUUUAAGGGCUGAUUUCACCCUUUCAAAGUGGAACGUUUGUACAAAGUUUUAUUCAAAUCGGAAUUUCCCUUUCAAGGGACGUACAGUAAUGAUUCUUAAAAUGAACCCCUAUAUUCGUAAAUUGAACAUUCGAACAUCGACAGAAGACAAACUCCGUUCAUCUUAAGAAUCAUUAUCCUCGAAAACCGCCAGCAAUCGUGGAUCUCGAUCAAAGGAUCCGCUCGAAGUUAUCGAAAACGCUAAUGCAAACACUCGUGUGCGCCGUGGCUGGUGCAAACCCAUUCCUGCUCGAUAAAAGGCCUAUCUAUCCUCUGCUGAAGUAUCUCGCGCGAGGGAAAGUCGAUAAUCCGAGCAAGGACCGAUAGCGGAAGAAGAGGAACAAAGAACAAAACGAAACGACGAAGUUCUCUCGAUGCCCCUAACGGUUUCCGGUCAGAGACAGAGUUUUUCAUCCGAACGCGUCACGGAAAACAUGUACAUUUACGGAAGAUGGAAAAAACAUUCGCGCGUCGAAUGAUCGAACAACGAGGACGAGCGCGCAUCCGUUCCGAGUGAUUGAAAUCCUGGCGCGAAGCGAGGCUGUUCUAACGUAAUAUAAUUAUACAAAUAUAGAUAGAAACAGACAAGGAGAAAAUGUGCGAUAAAGUAUAUAUGCGAGAGACAGAGAAAAAGGGAGGGAGAGAAAGAGUGGUUUUUCUACACGACUAUAGAUGUUAGCAUUAAUUAAGCGCAUCGGCGUAACGGUGCUAAAAUGGAAUCACGCGCGAAAACGUUCUGUCCCUCUAUCGAAAGCUUCUUCCUUUUCAUCCCCCUUUGAGUCCCCCCCCCUCAGAACGUCCCUUUUGCACCAGCAGCCAAAAACCUCACACUCGCACUCACAUCCCCCCCCCCACCCACCCCCCACUCCCACCGGCAUUCUCAGGCCGCGAAUUUCACGCGAGAGACGUAUCCAGGACCGGAGUAGGAUCGCACGAGGAAGGUGCAAUCUCGAGGAUGCGUGGUGGAGAUGAACGGCGAUCGCAUCGACGCGAUUCUUCUUUCCCACGAUCGCCGCCUAUCAUUAUUACACUUUUUAACUGAUACGUUUUUAUUACUACAUUAUAUUGUAUGUCGUUAA